AUGGACCUUAGCACGCCAAUUUGGUAUAUCACAUUUUUCUAUGUAAUAGGGAUUUUUUCUUUUGUAUUAAAUAUUGCUGUUAUUUUGUUAGUAAUUUAUAAAAGUGAGAAUAUCGAUAACUAUAAGUAUUUUAUUUUAAUGUUUCAAGUAUCUUGUAUGUUGGCUGACUUCCAUCUUAGCCUACUCGUCCAACCAAUGUAUCUCUUCCGAUUCAUGACCUAUUCCUGUGUGGGCAUCGCCGCUCCCUACAUAUGGGCAAGCUACCUUAUGAUAAUUUCUCACUUGAUCCUGGGAGUUCAAUAUGUUCUCCUAUUCCUUUGCUUCGCUAGGAGACACCAAGCAAUUGCAAAAAUCAAGCAACAACAUGUGAUUCCUAAUUUUUUGUUAUAUAGUUUUAUAGCUUUUGUGCUAGCUUGCCCAGUUGCAGCGUGCAUUUGUUAUUUUCAUGCAGGAGUCGAACGGGAGAAGGUUGAGGAAUUUAUUGAUCAGAUGUACCCCGACUACAAAACCGAACUCUUAUCUCUUCAAAACUACGUGAUCUACCGAGACUACAACGUCUAUAUGACAUUUUUUGUUAUCUUCAAAAUGGUCGCCACGUUCUUGGUUUUUUCGAUGAUCGCACUUGCAACCUUAGAUAUGAAGAAGAUGCUGAACGAAGUUCGUCGAAGUAUAUCAAAUCAGAACUACAAUCGCCACAAGACGGCCAUCAACAGUCUCUUAGCACAGUUCGCCGCCGUUUUGGUACUCCUGCUACCCGGAUUAGCGUUGUACCCAAUAAGACUGUACCCCUAUGAAACUGGAAUGUGGAUCGUUAACAUCACCUGGUGCAUUUUUCAAAGCCGCUCAUCCAUCAAUUCGUUGGUUCUACUUGCAACUACCCCUCCCUACCGGAAUUUUCUGCUGCGGAAUGUGCUGAAAAGUCGGACUAAACCGUCGACUGUCGUUGUUUCUAUGGCUCCGAGAACAGUGAAUAAUUAG